AUGGCGGCCACUGGGUCACGAACUGUUCCGCAUCCCAUUCACAACUUCCCCCCGUGUCCGCAGACCCCACAGACCCCCACAGACCCCCUCAGACCCCACAGACCCCCUCAGAGCCCUCAGACCCCCGCAGACCCCCUCAGACCCCCGCAGACCCACUCAGAGCCCGCAGACCCACGCAGACCUCCGCAGACCCCCGCAGACCCCAUCAGACCCCCUCAGGGACCGCCUCUCACCGCGACCCACCCCCACCCUGCUCUGUACCCUGCUCUGUACCCUGCUCUGUACCCUGCUCUGCACCCUGCUCUGUACCCUGCUCUGUACCCUGCUCUGUACCCUGCUCUGCACCCUGCUCUGUACCCUGCUCUGUACUCUACUCUGUACCCUGCUCUGUACCCUGCUCUGUACUCUACUCUGUACCCUGCUCUGUACUCUGCUCUGUACCCUACUCUGUACCCUGCUCUGUACCCUGCUCUGUACCCUGCUCUGUACCCUGCUCUGUACCCUACUCUGUACCCUGCUCUGUACCCUGCUCUGUACCCUGCUCUGUACCCUACUCUGUACCCUGCUCUGUACCCUGCUCUGUACCCUACUCUGUACCCUGCUCUGUACCCUGCUCUGUACUCUGCUCUGUACCCUGCUCUGUACUCUACUCUGUACCCUGCUCUGUACCCUGCUCUGUACUCUACUCUGUACCCUGCUCUGUACCCUGCUCUGUACUCUGCUCUGUACCCUGCUCUGUACUCUGCUCUGUACCCUGCUCUGUACCCUACUCUGUACCCUGCUCUGUACCCUGCUCUGUACCCUGCUCUGUACUCUGCUCUGUACCCUGCUCUGUACUCUACUCUGUACCCUGCUCUGUACUCUACUCUGUACCCUGCUCUGUACCCUGCUCUGUACUCUGCUCUGUACUCUACUCUGUACCCUGCUCUGUACUCUGCUCUGUAG